AUGAGAACCUUUUUUCCCAUAAUUUUAGACUUUCGAAUAUAUCUGAAUUUUGUUGCAGCUGCUUCAGGUAACACAGCCUUUGUACCAGUUGCAUGUGCAGUUCCAGGAAAUGGUAUCAGUAGAGCUACUGUUAGAUUUUAUGACUACCUUCUAGGUGGUGAUCCAACAUAUAAAAAUACCGUUACUGAUAUCACAAAUAUAAAAUGGGAUGCAGGCCCAAGGUUGAAUAAUCCUCCUUAUGGAUUCACAGAUAUUCCAAUUACUACCUUCCUAAUGGAAAUUACAGACUAUUACAGAGCUCCAAUGACAGGUAUUUAUACUGUAACUACUAAUUCUGCUGGUUUUAUUUCAGUUUUCAUGGGUACCGGUCUUGCUUUUGAUUGUGGUAGUCAAGAUGAAGAUUUUGGUAUUGGCAAUUUUCAAGUUACUAAUUCUGGUAGUGUAGUAUCUAAUAUGGGUCAAACUUCACGUGAAAUAUAUCCGAAAGAAGGCUACUUUUAUCCUUUUAGAGUUGCAUAUAUUAAUUACUAUGUAAGGGGAAUAUUAGACAUUUUAAUAAAUUUGCCAAACGGUACCGUAGAUAGCACUAUAGACCAAAAUGUUUACAGUAUUUCUGAUAAUAACCCCAAUGAUUUUUCAUCUAUAUCUUUUUCAUUCACUGGGCUUACAAUAUACACAACCACCACCACAACAAGAAGAACUACAUUGUCGCGUUUAACUGCAACUACAACCACUAGAACAAAAACAUACACAUCAAGAUAUAAUCGUUAUAAUCAAAAGGUUAUUGUUGAAUACUAUGAAGCUGAUCUUGCCCCCAAACCGAGCACUAUAACCUCAUAUACUAGAGGUUCAGUACACUCAACUACCACCAUCUCCACAUAUACUUCCUAUGCCACUGACUCCAGGAGUCGUCGCAGUCCAGUUAAUGUUAUGGUUAUCGAAACUCCCAUACCAAGCACUACCAUUUCCACUAUCACAUCAUAUAUCAUUAACUCUAAUGGCCAUCGUAGUCCAGUCGACGUUAUUGUUGUCGAGACACCUCCACCAAAAACUGUCACUUUAUAUACUAAAGCUACAGUUAGCUCAAGGGUUGCUGUUUCAACAUCCACCUCCUACACUACUGACUCCAAUGAUAACAGCACUCCAAUUGACGUUGUGAUUGUUGAGAUCCCAAGAAUUGUAUCGAUAAGUAUAAGACAUUUAUAUUGGGAUUCAUCAGUAUCUGCUGUAGCAAUGGUAUCGUCUGAGAGCAUUAUAUCAGAUGGUUUGGGUAGAAGUAUUGGAUCAAGUAAAAAUAUGAUAACCUCUAAGAAGAAUACUUUAAGUACUGUGAAAAUCGAGUUAUCAUCCAGAGAAACUGGUGGUAAUACUAUAUAA